AUGGCUGGCACAAAGGAAUAUCUUAAUAUCGAGCUCCUGCGACAAAGAGAGUGCAUUAAUCAUGAUCCACUUCUAGUUGGCCCAGAAUACGACUAUUGGGCUAUUGGUGUUUUUGUCUAUGAGAUGUUCUGUCGCGAAACGCCUUUUUACGACAAAGAUGAUGACCGAAUGAUGAACAAUAUUAUUAAUUAUCGAUACACUCUCCAUUUCCCACCAGAUAUUAACAUCCCCGAAACGGCAAAAGACCUGAUAAGCAAUCUUAUCACCGAGCCCUCCAAACGAUUGACAUAUGAUGACCUCAUCAAACAUCCGUUUUUCAAAGAUGUUGAUUUCGCAACUCUUCGACAAUGUAUGCAGUUUCUUUAA